AUUGCGAGUUGGCCAUCGAUCGGGCGUUUUCCAGCCCUCCACACACACACACACAACGUAACCGCGCCGUUUCGCAGUAUCCGCUGCACGUCGUACGGCUGUACUAGUGUAUCGCCCGAUUGACGUGCUUCAUUUUCAAUAGUCGCAGUACCUCAUUUCGAGUGUACGCGAGGCGGCGUCCCGACACCAAUAAUCUAUAACAGUAUCGCAGUACCGUCUCCGACGACAGCCACUUACCGGCGGUCGAGUCCGCAUCAACCGGUGCAGCCCCGUUCUCGUCGUCGGGCAGCCGCGGAACUUACGGAAACCUCGUUAGGGCGACCGCUGCCACCAUGGUGAAGCACACGACCGACACCAACGGCAUCGGAUACGAAUGGGAAUACGCUAAAGUAAAGGACGACCGGACGGUAUGGCAGAAGAUCAUUAAUGGCAUCUACAACCCUAACUCGCACGAGUUUCUGGGUCGAUCGGCGAGGAGCUGGGCCGGAAUCCUAUUUUUCUAUUUGGUGUUCUACUCGUCCCUGGCUAUGCUGUUCGCUAUCUGUUUGAAACUUUUGCUGUCCACUUUGAACGACCACACUCCCCAUUUCACCCUCACGAACUCGAUAAUCGGCACCAAUCCCGGCUUAGGUUUUCGCCCAAUGUCACUAAACGUCGAAGACGGUUCGCUAAUUUACUUUGAAGCCAACAACGCAACCAAUGUGGAAACAUGGACCAAAUCGUUGGACAAAUUCCUAUCCGUUUACAAAAACAAAACAUUGUUGCCAAACAAAGGUGCUAACCAACAGUCGGGUUGCAGCUACACCAAUCCACCUCAAAACGGCAAAGUUUGCGAUGUCACUCUGGCCAACAUGGGACCUUGCACAACCGAACAGAAAUAUCAAUUCCACAAGGGUCAACCAUGCGUCUUCAUCAAGCUCAACAAAAUUUUCGACUGGGAACCCGAAUUCUACAGUAACUUCUCAGACCUCCCCGCCGAUAUGCCCAAAGAACUCAAAGAUAUAAUCAAAACGAAAUUGAGAAACGAGAUGAGCCCUGUGCUCAAUACUGUAUGGGUGACUUGUUCCGGAGAGACGCCGAACGACAAGGAAAACAUAGGACCAAUCAAGAUGUAUCCGCAAGAAGGUUUCCCGGGCUAUUACUACCCCUACAGGAACAAGCAAGACUACCUCAGCCCGCUAAUAGCCGUACACUUCAUAAAUCCAAAAAAACACACUCUGAUCAACGUCGAAUGCCGUGCAUGGGCCAAAAACAUCAUUUUCAAGCGCAGUCUCCAAAACCGUGAGGGAUCGGUCCAUUUCGAGUUGAUGAUCGAUUAAAGCCCGCAGCGAAUACACGCUUAAAAAAACAUGCAGUCAACCAGUGAAACACCCUCACAAAAUUAAAAAAAAAAACCCUCGCUUAUUGUUGUCAGUAUUUUUUUCUGA